GUCAAACGACUGACAAGAAUGGGACAAAUAAUUUUCUAUUUUCUAUAAACGCAAAAAUCAAAAGAUUUUGUUCUGAUUUCUGUUAAAAAUAAAACGGCAGUUUACCUGCGACUAUGUUUGUUCUGUGGGUGAUGUAAGAACAGCAUUAUCUGAUCGUAGUUUCAAACAAUGGAUGGGGGAGAUAGGAUCCUUGUGGCUGCGGGGCUGACUGCAGCAGUGGUUGUUGGAGCUUUCGUGCUCUGGGGCCCUGGAGGAGCGCCGCGCGUGAGGAAGCGUCGUGGACAGAUCGCAGGGCUGCAGAAUUUGGGCCGGACAUGCUUCCUGAACACUUUGUUGCAGGCCCUUGCAGCCAGUCCUGCCUUUAUCGACUGGCUCAAGAAAUACGCAAAAGCAGACUCGCACAAUAGCAUGAUUACGACGCUGUACACUGUUAUUGAAGUGGUGAAUGGAACCCAUGAAUCAGCACGUGGCACACCUGUGUGUCCACUUGGGGUGCUGCAGUCUCUCCGGGCAGCUGGGUGGGUGGUGCCCGCAGAUCAGCAGGAUGCCCACGAGUUGCUGCACGUCUUGCUGUCCUGCAUUGAGGAGGAGACUAAUGCCAUGGCCAAGAAGCCCGGCUGUCUCUCGGACGCGCUGGGCCUGAACGGCGGUCGCGCGUGGUCUGCGCUGGCGUCGCCCGCGUCGCCGCCCGGCGGGCCGCUGCGCGCGGACUCCACGCCGCCCACGCCCGGAGCGCCGCCCAGGCCCGCCUCCGCCGCGCCCGCUGACGAGCCUGGGCUGGCUGAUCCGGAGCCAACCCCGGGUCUCCGCUUCCAAAAGGGCGUGUCCCGGUCGUUCUGCCACCUGAGCGCGGCGGGGCGCCGCUGGCUGCCCGCGCGCUCGCGGCCGCUGCCCGUGCUGCCCUUCCGCGGCUCGCUGGCGUCCCGGCUGCACUGCACCGUGUGCUCCACCAAGAGCCCCGUCCGCUACGACAAGUUUGACAGCAUAUCGUUGUCGAUGACCAAUGCCAGCACGGGUCUCACCGGAUCCUACAGCCUGCCUGGUCUUCUACGAGCGUUCACAGCCCCGGAGAUGGUGAAGGGUGUCCGCUGUAACAAAUGCUGUCCGGAGCCCAACAACGGGACUGACACAGCCUACACCAAACACAUACGGACAGUCAGCUUUGGAAAGCUGCCCGCGUGCCUGUGCCUGCACAUCAGCCGCGUGGAGUGGGCGGCGGGCGCGCUCAGCAAGCGCGCCGACCCCGUCGCCUUCCCCGAGGCGCUGUCCAUGGCCGCGUAUGCGCAGGCGCAGCAGCCCACGUCGGAUCUGAUCUCGCUGGUGGGGGAGGGUCGGCUGCGCAGUAGCAUCAGCGCGCUCAACGCGGCGGGGGGAGGGGGAGCGGCAGGGGGGGCGGAGACGGAAAGAGCUCUGUACACGCUGGUGGCGGUCGUGGUGCACGUGGGCGGCCCGCGCUCGGGACACUUCGCCACGUACCGAAGGGGGAACGGGUUCGAAGCCAAGAGAUGGUGGUACACGUCUGACACGCUGGUCCACGAGGUCUCCCUCCAAGAAGUUCUGAGAUGUUCAGCUUACAUGCUGUUUUAUGAACGCGCAAAACCUGACGCCAUGCCCCCCAGCGGCUCCUUCUCUGCUGCAGCGGCUACCCACCAUUUCUAGAAGGUUCUAGAUGUUUCGGAAGGAAAUCAUACUGGGAUGCUUGUUGGAGAAAUUACGGCAAAGUGAAAUGGUAUGCUGAAGAGGCCGAUUUUAAACAUCAUCCUUCUAGUAUUUCAGUCAGGUUGCGUCCACCCUGGAAAGGAGCCACGUGAUAGAAGACUAUACCGAUUUUGAUAAUUAAGAUCGACGUAUAUUUGUAAAAUGACCCGUCUCAAGAGAAGCGAUGGAGAGUGAUCAUGUUAUAGUUGAAAAUUAAAUGACUGAACGAAUUAUAAAAGUUAAUGUUUCUUAUAUUGUUGAAUAUUUUUUCUCAUUUAUGUAUAUUUUUCUUGUGCAUUUAACUAUAAUCUAGCUGAAAUUGCAUUUCGUUUCGUCUUAACCAGUCUGAAGUAAGCCAAUCCCUAACUUAACUCGAAUGAAAUGAACAAUCGCUCGCGGCUAAUUUCAGACUAUUUUACUGUUUAUAUUCUCUGUGUAGGUAAUUCAAUGCUUGUGUCUAAAAUGAACGAAAUUCUCUUUAUUGAUGAAGACUAUUUUCCAAAUUAAAUUUGUAUCUUAUUAGGUGAAACGCAAAAGGCGGCCUUAUUAUUAAAAUUUAUCGCAUUAUUUAAUCUAUAAAUAAUGUAUACUUACUCAAUUUAAAAGCAUGUGCUUUAUGAAAGGUAAAAUAUGACAUGGUCUUAUUGCUUAACUCUCAAACCUUUCAUAUUUCGUCCAAAUAAUGCUCAUAAUAACUUAUGCAGUAUUAUCAAAGUCUGAGAGUGUGCGUGAUGUGUAGAUGUUGACGUGAAUUAGAAAUGUACAGUCAGGAGCAAAUAAAGUUGUACUAUUGUCUAUGUAAAAACCGCACAAAGUAGCACUGUGAACUUAGCUUUGUAUCGUGGGAAGAUUAAGCACAAUGUCCACAUUUACGAAUUUAAAAGCAUUUGUUUUUCAUUGAAUAUUUCCAAUAAAAAUACCUCAUAUUUUUUCUAUCCUAUAUCUUCUACUGCAUUUAUGUAAACUUCACAUAUCUUAUGCACUUACUGUUUAUAUAAUACACCACAUUUUAGUACAAAAGGGGCGAAAAUUUUCAGAUACUGCGACGCGCAAAUGGAAAUAAAUUUUUGAAUGUACAUAGUAACACAAUUUGUAUAGAUAUUUACCUAGUAUUACCAAUAGUUAUCAAUGUACCAUUUUUGCCUCUUUAUUUUUUUUUUGUACUUGACAUUUGUUCUGUAAUUUGGAAGUGAUUUCGUGAAAAAGAAAGUCUUUGAAAAUUAUAUUACAUUUUUUUAAAUCUAAUUAUUUUGAACAACAAUGUUUUUGUCAUCAUAUGCACCUUAUUUAAGGCUCUUAUCUGUUUAAUUUUGUCAUUAUGAUAUAAUUAUUCCCAGUCUAAUGAUAAUAGUAUUCUAGCUUUUAUAACGUUCAUCUGUAAAUUUAUACAACUCUCUAUUGCACCACAGUAAAUUAUAGGAAAUUCACAUGUAAGUAAAACAUAGCAGCUAAAGGCGUCCUUAUCACAAAAAAAAAUUAUGUGUAAUAUAAAUAAAUAAAUCAGCGAAGCCCCAGUAUAUGUAUUAUAUAGUUACAAGUUACCUCCUAGUGUCAGGGUUUCUGAUUGUGAACCGAUAUAUAUGUUUUCUCACCAAUUUUUGUGCCAUAAUAGUGUAUGUGUCAAAGACUUUGAUAGUGAGUGUUGUGCAAUGUAUAAAAAGUUAUCUAGUAUAAUGUUUUUGGUACGGAAAACAAUCAAAACUUUUAGUAGUUUUUCAAUUCGUUUGUUGAUUAGAAGAUUUUUUGUUUUACAUUUAGUCGUUACAUAUGUAUGUAAUACUUUUUGUGGAAUCAUUUUGUGAAUGAAUUGCUUAACAUCGAUCAAUUUAAUCAUGCGUAAUAAAUAAUUUAUUAUUCCAUCGGGAGAAAAGUGUGUGUCCGUUUCAAGUCUUUUUUAUUUAUAUAUUUCAGAAUAUUUUAUGUACAUUUAGGCACUUACCGUGAAAAAUGCUAUAAAAAUGAUAUUUAUAUUGAUUGAUGACUCACUAGUAUAAUAAGAUUUUUAUUAUUAUUUUUUUUUAUUAAUAAACUUAAUGAACUUGUCUACAUUUCUGAAUAAGUACAUAUUGAAAUAAAUGUAUUUUUGUGAAUGGAUUUUUACUUAUAAAAAUUAUGUUAUCGAUUUUUGCACUUGGCAACUAAUGAAAAUUAAAUUUUUUCAAUCAAAUUAUGACUGUGUAAAUAUUAAAUAAUGUAUUGUAGAUUCUCUUAUAAAAGAUGUCUGGUAGGACUGUAAUUAUUAAAAUUUUAGCAUUACUGUUAUUAAGCGUCACGCAGCUUUUUAAAAAAUCGAUUUAUAUUUUAUUUUUGUUAAAUAGCAAAAUUAAUAAGGCCUCGUUUUCACCAAAGUGGAUAAAGAUGUUAUGCUUUAUUAUUUUAUUCCUUAGUAUCCUCUUAGUUAAGUACAGUUUGUGUCAUAGAAAGCGUCACUUACCAAAUAUCUACCAACAAAUUUUUAUGUGGCUCACUGUACCAUUGAAUUCCAUUUACUUUUUAAACUCACACUUAUUUGCAUUUUUUUUUUAAUUUCAAUCGUAGUCACAGAAGUUAACUCUUUUGCAGUUGUAUUAUAUGAUAGAUUAAUAUAAAUUACUUCAUCAAAGGGAUAGUAAAAGUGUUCCAUCUCUCUAUUUUGGUAUAAACCCGGCUUUUAACCCUAGCAAAAUAUUAUAUUUGCAGCUAUUUGUGUGCCUAAUUUUAGAUUUAUUCGAGAUGUUGUUAAAUUUGAAAAAGAUAUAAGUUUUAUGGACACUAAAUUGUUACUUAUUAGAGUAGUGGUCGAGUGAAACAUGGAACAAAACUGAUUUAAUAUUAUCAGUUAAAUAGAUACCUAUGGUUCGUUGUUCUUGAUGAAUCAUCAUUCAGGCAGGAAUAAUUUUGAAAAUAUAUGUUGAAUUUCACAUUAUAAAGUUAUAAUUGUAUAUUGAAAAGUUACUUUUUGAUAAAGUUCAUUAUGUUAAAGAUUGACUGUAUGUAUUAUCGAUCGCAGUGCGAUGUGUUAUAAAUCGGUUAGAUUAAUUUUAUUUAUAGAGCAAAAAAGUUGUGUAUAUAAUUUUAAUGAAAAAGAAAUUUGGUACAUGUACCAAAUUUUACUUUUGAUGUCGACCAUACCAAAAUUGUUAAUUUCACCAUUAAAAUAAAUCGCAAUGUUCCAUGCAUCGCUCAAUCAGCACCGGCUUAGUGCGUAAAGUUGUGUAUUGUUAUCGUAUUGGUUGCGCAAUAUUUGUGUUGAGACGCCGCCCCCCGCGCCCCCGCCCUCACGUCACGAAACUAUCUAGUGAUAGAGAAAUGUAUUGUCUAGUGGGACUAUAUUAAUUUACAUGAAAAAUACAAUAGUGAAUAGCAUCUUUUCCAAGAUUAAAUUUCUGUUUAUUUAUGGUCUUAGAACAGAAUUCUGUGGUAGAGUGAUUCAUGAUACUUGUUAUGAAAUUUUGCAGUUUAGUGCUUUGAACCUUACAGCUGAGAAUGCAAUAUGCAACAAGUAUUCUUCUGUAUUGAAUCUUUCUGUGUACUCAUUAUAUACUGUUUUUUAUCAUACACAUUAAUGCACUUCCCUCUUGUAGAAAGGGGGGGUUGGAAAAGUAGUGCUUACGUUUUUUAAGGUUAUUCUGCUUGUUGAAAUAAAACCAAUGUACCCAGAUGUAAAACAAUUCAGUCUGAUGAGGGUGGAAGGUGUCGGUUCCAGGUGGCAUAGGACUUCCAGAGAAAAGCAGUGGCAAUUAUUGUAGAUAGGUACUGUUUGUGUUGUAAAAAAUGUUUAUAAACUAUUAUUAAACUCUUAAUUUGUUUUA